CGUCAUCAUCAUCACCUCGUGCCACGAGAUUCAUGCCACGAGGCGCAACGGCUUCAAUGCUCGCGUCUCUCGGCCCCUCAACCGCCAGUCCCAACCAGGUUCGAGCUUCUCCUCUGCCUGACUCUUCCUCGAAGUAGACAUGGCUGACACAGCAGGUUAUUACGACCAGCAGCAGCAGCAAUAUUACCAGCAGCCGGAGGCCCAAUACCAAGAGUACCAGUAUCAAGAUCCCGAGCAUCGCUACGCAUACGGCUGGUACGAGCCGGCCGACCCUUAUUACUACGGCCAGAACGAAGGGGCUCCCAUACUUGAAGGCCAUAUAGGAGGUUCCCACGUGACCACCACUUCACGUCGCGCAGCAGCAACUGGCGCAUCGUGUGCUGUUUUCUCAUGCUUCUCGGGGCCUUGCUGAUCAUCAUUACGGUCUUAUUUCUGUCCAUAAGAGACAGUGAAAUGGAUGAAGAAGGUGCACAAGGAUCAUCUGUAAACGUGUUGGUUGUUCCUAAGGCGCCGGCACCACCUCCGCCACCCGCCGAACCGGGACGAGAUAUGGGCUCGUCCAUUACAAGGGCGACUCGGAAGCCAAUACCUCCGACGACGACACCAACGCCAACAACUCCAACAAUUUCGAAAACGACGCCAGCCCCUCUGCUGUGCUCGGUGGGGACGCAGACGGCGAUUUCUAGGCUGUUCCCACCGGACAAGUCAUGCGACAUCAUCAUAUACACGCACGUGCGGGUGUUCCAGAAAGCUGUGAUCGGGUCCGUCAACGGCAUCAGCUACCAUGCAUUCAGGAACGCCUGCAGCACUUACGUUGACACCUCGUGCGGUUUGUCCUUCGACGUCGGCUUCCUCGAACAGGACAUGUUUCAGACCGUGGAAGUCAGGGAAGACCUGACCGCGUUGAAGCGGAAGCACCGGGUGUACCACUAUGGCAUCCUGAACAUCAUAGAAGACCCUAUACAUGUCGAAAAGCUCGCAACCAUGACCGCGCCUACUAUAUUCAAGGUAAUGCGGAAGCUGCUGGGCUCAAACAGAAAACGCAACAAGGUAUUCGUCGGCGUUGGCUACUACUUCUACGAUGGCAAAAAUGCAUGGACGGACCUGGCAUACACUGCGGAAAACAUCGCAUUGCCUGAGUUGGACAUCCUGGUGAUACUCAGCACAACCCUGACGAUGCCGAGCAACCUACGAUGCGUCACGCUGCCUGUCAACGUUUACAAGAGCCGGGAUUCGCAUCCAGCCACUCUGGACAAGGCCUACCGCAUGGCGACAUCAGAAUUCUCGAGGCCGGAUCUCGUCGUGGCGUUGGCACUGCAGAUGGGCGUCGCCGUUUACAACUUGAGUAAGAAAGCCAGUAGCGCCAGCGGUGCGCUGUACAAACCAUGCACUGGCUUCGGCAUCUCGGACUACUCUCAGGCCUGCCAGGCGCCACAAACGGACCUCAACAUCGAGAAGACAACCGUCGGCCUUACCACCAGGGCGCAAGCCCAGCGACUGACGCGGGCUGUGUUGGUGGCGUUUGAUCCGCUCAACCACCUUAUCGACAAGGCCACGCUCAUCAUGCAGAAGCCCGACAUACGGACAAACCUGACGUGGCUGUUGCUCAACACCGACCUGACGGACUCAACGGAGACCUGUCUCCAACAACCCUUCGAGCGCGUGAAGGGAUUCAGAGACUUUUACUACCGGCGAGCACAGAUGCCGGCGGGUUAGCUACAUAUGCUGCUGCUGUGGGGUAAUUGCGCAUCGAAGUGCAGGCGUCGCACCGUUUUGCGAGCCGUCGUGUAACGUGUCUAUGGGCGGGCUUUUUCGUUAGCCCUACGUGACCAGGUAGAAAAACAAAAAAUGCCUAUAUUUUUAUUCAGCGUCUCUUCCUGUUUGCGGUACUGCAUGCGAUAAACACAUU